ACGCCACUCGCUUCUCACGGGUUCGGUUCAUGUGAGGCCUUAGUGGGUGUCUGUUGCGUUUUACCCUGUACUGGCCAUCGCAUGCAAUGCGCAAGUAGACUUAUCGCCAGAAUUUCAGUUGGAUUUUGAAGAAUGGGUCCACCGAAGCGUUUCAAGAGAGAUACUGUUUUUAAUAAAGGUAAAUGGAAGAAACGUAAGGACGAUUAUGACGAAUACAACGAUGAAGAUUCAAUUGAUAGCAAUGAAGCGGAUGGUGUGCCAGAUGCAGCCAAAAACGAUGUAGAAAAGCAGGAUGAAAGUGCGAUCGAGGAUGAGUUUGGUGCAAAGGAUUAUCGCUCGCAAAUGAUUUUAAAGCUAGACUGUGCGUCUAGACCAUUAUGGGUGGCACCAAACGGACAUAUCUUUCUGGAGUCCUUUUCUCCUGUGUACAAGCAUGCUCAUGAUUUUUUAAUAGCUAUAUCGGAACCUGUGUGCAGGCCUGAACACAUCCACGAGUAUAAACUGACCGCGUAUUCACUCUACGCCGCAGUCAGCGUAGGUCUGCAAACGCAGGAUAUAAUAGAAUAUUUGAAAAGACUGAGUAAGACUAGCAUUCCUGAUGGUAUAAUUGAAUUUAUCAAGCUGUGUACAUUGUCCUACGGAAAAGUCAAGCUGGUCUUAAAACAUAACAAAUAUUUUAUCGAGUCGCCGUUUCCUGAAGUAUUGCAAAAAUUACUGAAGGAUCCGGUAAUUCAAGAAUGUCGAUUGAGGAAGAUCGUGGAAGAUACGGAAGCUGAUGACAUUGUUACAAAUGUUCAAGCCAAAAUAAAAGCCCCUCAGUUUGGCGCAAAAGCAGCUGGUAAUGUUCCUGCACCUAGCAAGACCAAUCCAGAAACCGAAUCUGACCAAGUGAUAACGGAAACGGUCGCUAUUCCAGAAGACAUAACUGCAUUCUAUGAUAAAAUCGACAAGGAGGACGAGGACGAGGAGGAAGAGCAAGAAUUAAAAACAGUCAGUUUCGAAGUGAAUCAGGAGAAAAUUGAAGUUAUACAAAAACGAUGCAUCGAGCUGGAACACCCUCUACUCGCAGAAUACGACUUUCGCAACGAUACCGUAAAUGCAGACAUAAACAUCGACUUGAAGCCGUCAGCUGUGUUAAGGCCUUAUCAAGAGAAAAGCUUGCGGAAAAUGUUUGGCAAUGGGCGAGCCAGAUCUGGGGUGAUAGUCUUACCUUGCGGGGCUGGUAAGAGUUUAGUAGGAGUGACAGCUUGCUGCACGGUGCGCAAGCGCGCCCUAAUACUGUGCAACUCCGGCGUGUCGGUGGAACAGUGGAAGCAGCAAUUUAAAAUGUGGUCGACCGCUGACGAUUCCAUGAUCUGUCGGUUCACCAGCGAGGCGAAGGACAAACCUAUGGGCUGUGGAAUAUUGAUCACCACGUAUUCCAUGAUCACGCACACUCAGAAACGGUCGUGGGAGGCUGAGCAGACGAUGCGGUGGCUUCAGGAACAGGAGUGGGGUAUUAUGGUUCUGGACGAGGUACACACUAUUCCCGCAAAAAUGUUCCGUCGAGUAUUAACGAUCGUCCAGUCUCACUGCAAGUUGGGCCUAACGGCGACGCUCCUGCGAGAAGAUGAUAAAAUUGCCGACUUGAACUUCUUAAUCGGCCCUAAGCUGUACGAGGCUAACUGGCUGGAGUUGCAAAAGAGAGGAUUUAUUGCGAGGGUACAGUGCGCGGAGGUCUGGUGUCCAAUGACGCCGGAAUUUUAUAGGGAAUAUCUCGGUUGCAAAAUGAGUAAAAAAUUGUUGUUGUACGUGAUGAAUCCAAAUAAAUUCCGUUGCUGUCAAUACUUAAUACGGUAUCACGAGAGACGCGGCGAUAAGACGAUCGUCUUCUCAGACAACGUGUUUGCAUUGAAGCAUUACGCGAUUAAAAUGAAUAAACCAUACAUUUACGGUCCUACUAGUCAGAAUGAAAGGAUACAAAUCUUGCAAAACUUCAAGUUUAACAUGAAGGUGAAUACAAUAUUCGUUAGCAAAGUCGCGGAUACCUCUUUCGAUUUACCGGAAGCCAACGUCCUGAUACAAAUCUCGUCUCACGGUGGAUCCAGGAGGCAGGAGGCACAACGAUUGGGACGUAUUCUCAGGGCUAAGAAAGGAGCAAUUGCGGAGGAGUAUAACGCAUUUUUCUACACGCUCGUGUCGCAGGACACGAUGGAAAUGAAUUACUCGCGGAAGCGUCAACGGUUCCUCGUGAAUCAAGGAUACGCGUACAAAGUUAUUACGAAACUCGCCGGCAUGGACGAGGAGCCAGAUUUAAUGUACACGAGUCGGGAAGAACAGGGUCAGCUGUUGCAACAAGUCUUAACGGCCAGUGACACGGAUGCGGACGAGGAACGUAUACCUGGUGAAGGAGCAAGACCGAUUAUACGCAAAGCUGGCACUAUGACGUCAAUGUCUGGGGCGGAUGACGCCGUCUAUUACGAGUAUAAGAAAGCUGCCAGCUCGUCAACAGCGAAUAAGCAUCCACUCUUUAAGAAAUUCAGAACGUGAGACAAGUGAAUGUUCAAUUAUUGUGAUAUUUAUCUCGUACGUCAGCGCUUGUAAUAAAAAAUAAAUGAUGUAAUUACAGUUUGAUUAAAACUGAUUUAUUCUCA